CACUUCCCGCCAAUAAAGGACCAAGUCAUGAUUUUUGCUUCCUUGAAAUCAUCUCUUUAUCUCCCGAGAAAAAUGAACUGAAAGAUGAAAAAGACAUUAGGGUAGUCAACAAAUUUAUCGGGACUACAAAAUUUUUUGCCAGGGCACUGUACUGGUUGACUUUUUCCAGUGAUAGGAAAUGAUGAAUGUGACACUCGGUUUAUAGUUUUCACACCGCUGGUUUAAAAUCCCACAUUUGGCAAUGACCGUGACCUUGCCUUUGGGAGCUCCGGAUAUCGCGGAGUUGUUCGGAUGAAUGGGAAUUAACUGUUUCUUUCAUUUCGAUCUAUCAGUGAACCAUGUCGAACUCCACCACAACCCUCGAGGUGGUGUCCAAUUCGACUGUAGCCGAGCAAACCUAUCAAUGCUCUCGGCACAAACAAUCGGUCUUGCCCGCAAGAAAAUGGAACCAUGCUUGCAGGACACUAGUAUCUCUGUUACAACGUUAUUGGUUUUUGCUCGGACUUGCUGUGGUGAUUGGUCUUGCAUGGGCUUUUCCACAAGUGGGUAAAACCCACGGCGAUAUCGAAGCUCAAUAUACAAUCAAGUGGGGUGCCGUUAUUAUCAUUUUCUUGCUUUCCGGGUUAGGCCUGGAAGUGAGGAUCAUGUUUCAGACCAUUCUUCGGUGGCGGUUGCAUUUAGUGGUCCAAAUCAUCAAUUUCCUUCUCCUUCCUUUCCUUGCUUAUGGAAUUGUGCGCUUCUUUGUACUGGUUGGAGCGGAUAUCGACGAACUGGUAUAUCAAGGAUGGAUGAUUGCUCUGUCGACAAGCACUACGGUCUCGUCGAACGCUGUCAUGACCCGCAACGCUAACGGGAAUGAGUCAGCUGCUCUCUUCAAUGCGGCCUUGGGCAAUGUGCUGGGUAUUUUCAUCUCCCCGGCGUUGAUGACAAUUUUUGGAGAUGACAAAAAGUUAUUUCCACCUGGCAGCGCACGUGGAACGCCUGAUUACACCAGUGUCCUGAAAAACCUGGGUUUGACGGUUCUUGUUCCGUUGGUGGUGGGCCAAGUGAUCCGGUCCGUAUUUCCAAAGCAAGUCAAAUACCUGGCUAGCAAAUUUCGAUUUUCUAUCAUCAAUAGCAUCGCCCUCCUAUGCAUGGUGUGGUCCGUGUUUUGUGAUGGCGUUGCAAGCGACGCUUUCCAUCAACUGACCGCGGUGGAUAUCGUCGCCAUUAUCGGUGUUGACAUUUUCUUGUACCUCUUUGGUUGCGCGACUUGUCUAUUUGUAGCGCGUUUGCCUUGGCCACACCGUUGGAUUCAAGAACCAGAAUGGGUCAAACAAUGGCGAUUUUCGCGCAAAGAUGCCAUUGCUAUCAUGUAUUGUGGAGCGACCAAAACAGUCUCUAUGGGUAUUCCAUUGAUCAACGUCUUGUAUGCUGACAGCAGCUAUGGUAUUGUUGGCGUGCUGUCUCUUCCACUUUUGAUGUACCAUAUUUCGCAGUUGUUCAUUGGUAAUUUUCAAGUUCAUCCAUUGAAGCGCUGGGUAGAACAGGAAGCCGAUGAAGUUCAGGAAGAACAACAUGGAUUGACGAACAACCCACAAAGUACCAGUUUACCAACCCAUACAACAAGACGUCGACCUAAUACUGAAGCAACAGCUUAAGCUUUUGUGCAAUGCUGGCAACCCAAAAAGUGGAGUGUGUUGUUUUAUUAUCCAGCACUAUGCGAGAGAACGUUAUGUCAAAAUACUCGUGAUAGUUUUGAUAAACCCAAAGCCGCAUUGUGUCAUGGAUCAAGAUUAACUGCAGAACAUAGAGAUAGAACGUUAGUCGAUCGCCUAUUCAGAUUAAAGUGCAGCACCAAUCACAAACUGUAAAUUUGACAGUCUUUUUGCUUGAUCAAAACAGCCAAUCAAAUAUCAUUAUUG